CGCUCUGUUUUGGUUCUAAAGGGGAAGUUGCGAGAAAAAAAGAAAGGAGGAGACGUGAUCGGGUCUGAUGAAAUAUUUUGUGGAACAAUAACAAACUUCGACAGCCUUAUCGGUCUCUUUGGCCCAAACUUGCCUCUUGGAAACCCGUGAACGCAGUUUUCGCCCGGUCUUCAGCUCAGGGAGUGACCUGCCAAGGAGGACAGUGCUUUUCCGAGUCCAUAACAGGAGACGGAGGCUUAGGUCAUGGCAAGUCGUGGAGGAGCUACCAGGCCCAAUGGACCAAAUGCUGGCAACAAGAUCUGCCAGUUCAAGCUCGUGCUCUUGGGCGAGUCGGCCGUGGGGAAGUCCAGCCUCGUCCUGCGCUUCGUCAAAGGCCAAUUCCAUGAGUUCCAAGAGAGUACUAUUGGAGCGGCAUUCCUGACACAGACAGUGUGUUUGGAUGAUACAACAGUGAAGUUUGAGAUUUGGGAUACAGCCGGACAGGAGCGCUAUCACAGUCUUGCCCCAAUGUACUACAGAGGUGCACAGGCUGCCAUCGUGGUGUAUGACAUCACCAAUGAAGAGUCUUUUGCACGAGCAAAAAACUGGGUAAAAGAGCUUCAGAGGCAAGCAAGCCCUAAUAUUGUAAUAGCACUGUCUGGUAACAAGGCUGACCUCGCUAACAAGAGGGCGGUGGACUUCCAGGAUGCACAGUCAUACGCAGAUGAUAACAGUUUGCUGUUCAUGGAAACAUCAGCAAAGACUUCAAUGAACGUGAAUGAAAUAUUCAUGGCAAUUGCAAAAAGAUUGCCGAAGAAUGAGCCGCAAGCAGCUGGAGCAAACAGUGGACGGAACCGAGGGGUGGACUUGACUGAGACAGCUCAACCCAGCAAGGCCGCCUGCUGCAGCAACUAAUUCCGCUCCACCCCCAACGCAAUUCCUAACUCUGAGUAACACCCGGACCGUGGGGCUCUUAUACCCAAACUUCUGCCCUGGAUUAGCUAAGGACUGUCUAGCUCCAUUUCUAAUACACAAUUUUGGGUUUUUUGUUUGUGUUUUUUCUUUUUUCUUUUUUUUUUUUAAUUUUCCUUUUUUAAAUGUUCUCCAGAAUUAUGAAUGCAUGUAUCACUACAAGGCCUGAAAAUGUUAACCUAUUAACUUUAUUCAGCUGGGGGAGAAAAAAUCAAAAAGUAAAUAAAAUGCUGGAGUAGAGUUCAGGACCCAUGACAUUUAGGAGGGCCAGUGUAACGGAUAGAGCAAGAGAAUUUGCCUCCACCAAGCCUCUUUAGUUGCUAGGUAGUUAUUCAAGAGAAAUUGAUAGGGGUUAAUAAGGAGUAUUCAACUUGAAAUUGGCAACUAUAUACAUUUUUCUCUUAGUGUAUUCAUUGCUUCCCAACAAUAUCUACAGUAGCACUAGAAUCAAAUUUCACUUCUCUUGUAGGCCUCAGGCCUGUGCCUGCUUCUAGCUCUUCUAGUGGCAUUGUGCAAUGGUGUACAGUAUUGAUGCAGUGACUUAUUGUCUGCAGAGACCCUUGUUGAGCAAAUCAUUCCUGUUAGUGUCCAUGCAAACCCUGCCCCUUCUCUUUCCCAUGCAGUACGAUUUGUGUGUUCCCCAGCGCUGUCGGAUGCACCCUUCUGGAUUGUCACUGGCAGCAGACCUGGGCCCGGGGCCGUGUGUAUGCGUGUCCACAUGUUUGCGUUUCAGUUUCUCCUGUAGGGAGAGUCUAAUUCUCUUUAACUGAGAAGUGCUCUCAGUCAAGCCCGGGGUUAUGGGUUGUCUGGUUACAUGUAAUUCUGAUGUUGUUGUUGUUUCUUUUUUUUUUUUUCUCUAAAUGUAUAAAUAUAUAAAGAACAACAGCAUGAUGCUCAGCCCCACCACACACAUACAACUUUUGAUGUUUUGAAAAAGAAUCAAUAACCUCAAAGGUCUUUGUUACUUAUGCCUUGCACUAACAACGCUGAUAAAUAUUCCUCGUCAUAAUUACAGUCGCUGUGAUAUAUAAAUAAUAUACUGUAAAUAGGGUGUUGCAAUGUAGUCUACUUUUCAAUUUCAAAUUUACAGGACUAAUGCUUGCUAGGGAGUUGUCUAGAUAAUCAUAUAAACUGUACAGUGGCCAGAAGAGGCUGUACUAUGGGUUUGGCGUUUUUUCACAAAAUGGUUAAAUAUAAUCAAUGGUGAUCUUUAUAAAUGUAUGUAGUGUUAUUAACAAAUGAAAUUGCAUUUCCUUAGUUGUCUGUCUUGUACUUUUCCCGACCACCCCAUCCCCCAAAGUCAUAUUUUUAACAUUUCUUUUUACAUUGCACUAAUUCCUUUUUGUUAUGAGACAACAGCAUCUGACUUAAUAUUUCAUGAUGCUUAUCUGGACUUUCCAACUCUUUGGUUUAGUAAAUUCAUUAAAUAACUGGCCGUCUCUUUUUAAUAAUGGUAUUGUAAUGAUGUAUCAACUUUAACAGUGAAGGACUGGUGGGUUCCAAUGUGCAGGUGCUAGUUCAUGAAUAAAUGAGUUAAUAAACAGGGAUAUAAUAUGUGUUCA